GUUCUAAGCUCUCUGUGGUUCCUCAUGUUCUCUCCCAGGUUCUACUGGGACCUGACCAUGCUGCUGCUGAUGGUGGGGAACCUGAUCGUCAUCCCGGUGGGCAUCACCUUCUUCAAGGACGAGCACACGCCCCCCUGGAUCAUCUUCAACGUGAUCUCAGACACCUUCUUCCUCAUGGACCUGGUGCUCAACUUCCGCACGGGCAUCGUCAAGGAGGACAACACAGAGAUCAUCCUGGACCCACAACAGAUCAAGAUCAAGUACCUGAGGAGCUGGUUCGUGGUAGACUUCAUCUCCUCCAUACCUGUGGACUACAUCUUCCUCAUCGUGGAGACGCGCAUCGACUCAGACUUCUACAAGACGGCCCGGGCGCUGAGGAUCGUCCGCUUCACCAAGAUCCUCAGCCUGCUCAGACUGCUCAGACUGUCCAGGCUCAUCAGAUACAUCCACCAGUGGGAGGAGAUCUUCCAUAUGACCUAUGACCUGGCCAGUGCCAUGGUGCGUAUCGUCAACCUGAUUGGUAUGAUGCUGCUGCUGUGCCACUGGGACGGAUGUCUGCAGUUCCUGGUUCCCAUGCUGCAGGACUUCCCUCAGGACUGCUGGGUGUCCAAAAACAAGAUGGUGAAUGACACAUGGGGCCAGCAGUACUCCUACGCCCUGUUCAAAGCCAUGAGCCACAUGCUGUGUAUCGGGUACGGCAUGUACCCACCUGUAGGCAUGACGGACGUGUGGCUCACCAUCCUCAGCAUGAUCGUGGGCGCCACCUGCUAUGCCAUGUUCGUGGGUCACGCCACCGCACUCAUCCAGUCUCUGGACUCCUCCCGUCGGCAGUACCAGGAGAAGGGCCUCCAGCCUAGAGAGAAACCAGCUGACACUGCAACAGCAGCCAAUGGACAAACUCGCCCAGUCAUCACACUGGCCCUGUCCUACCAGAGGCUUGGAUUAGAGAACGGGGUGUGGUUCUACGUUGUCACAUUAGCAGUGAGG